UGACAGGAAACAAACCACGUGUGUGAACUCUCCAGGUUUGCAGUUGUUACGACACCGCUGCGCUACUUUACGGCUCACAGUGACGUGGACGUCACCACAGCAAUGGCGGACGCUGGAGAGGAAGUGAUUCAGAGCAGCUGGGAAAAGGACCAAGCCGUGGAUCUGGAUUCUAUAGGUGGGGAUGCUAGAAAGAAUGGCAUCAUUCAGAUCGAUAAACUGCCACCUUCUCAAAGAGCCAAGCUUUGGAUGAUUGCUCUAAACGUGGCCGGUAAAGGAGACAGUUUAUCCUCAUGGGAUGGGGCUUUGGAUUUACCAGAACAGAUGCUCAUACAUAACCGAAGCCAGCAGCUCAUUGAUCAGCUGGGAGUUCCUGCAGAGGAGAGCCGGGACCUAGUGGGGGACGUGGAGGCAGUGAUUACUUUCUAUUGUAAGUCACGAAACGUGACGUUCACAGCCGAUCUCUGCUGGCCCAACCUGCUCAUACCUCUGCUGGGCCUCCAGUUGGCCCGCAGUGACCUCUACAACUGCUUCUACGCCAUCAUGAAUAAGUACAUUCCCAGGGACUGUGUGCCGAAUGGGCGACCGUUCCACCUGUACAGACUUCUGUUGCAGUACCAUGAGCCUGAGCUCUGCUCAUUCCUUGACACCAAAAAGAUUACACCAGAUUCUUAUAGCAUGAACUGGUUAGGCAGUCUGUUCUCUAGCCACUGCCUCCCUGAGGUUACUCAGAUCUUCUGGCAUUUCUACUUCCAGCAGGCCGACCCUUUCUUCAUCUUCUUCCUUAUGCUCGUCAUUCUUGUCAACGCCAAAGAUAGUAUUUGUUACGAUGAAGAAGACAGUAAAGAAGUCACCAUAAAAGUUCUGGAUCAGUUACCUACUAUGUUGGGCACUGUGGACAUUGAGGAUCUGUUUUCACUGGCACAGUAUUACCAAAGCAAGACUCCGCUCUCUCUCCGAAAGGAGAACCAGAACCUGUUUGGCAGCAGCCUGGUGGCUCUAAAGGAGGAGGACAUGGACCUGAGUCAGGCUCUGUGUCUCCCUGUCUCUGUACCUGAGAUCCUGCAGGCUAAUCAGCUCCAAUCUGAGGGAGUGCGCUUCUUUGUAGUGGAUUGUCGUCCAGCAGAGCAGUACAAUGCAGGACACUUGUCUACCGCUUUUCAUUUGGAUUCUGAUCUGAUGCUGCACAACCCGUCUGAGUUUGCUCUGUCUGUGAAGUCUCUACUGGAGACGCAAAAGCAGUCUCUGGAGUCGGGUUCUGUGGCCAGCGGUGAACAUCUGUGCUUCAUGGGCAGUGGGCGUGAGGAAGAAGACAUGUACAUGAACAUGGUGCUCGCUCAUUUUCUACAGAAAAACAAAGAGUAUGUCAGCAUCGCUAAAGGUGGAUUUAUGGCACUGCAGCAACACCUGGCUGAUAUUAACGUGGAAGGGCCAGACAACGUGUAUGUCCACUGGAUAGUCAGCACUUCAGGAUCCCACAGCAGCCUCAGCUCAGUAGAUGGCGAGCUGAGUAGCACAGGGGACAGCAAAGGAGUCAAAUCCCUCGUCAACAAAAUGACAUUUGCCCUAAAAUCCAAGUCAGUUAAUGUGAAGGAGAAGGUAAUCAGCUUCAUUGAAAACACUGCAACUCCAGUGGACAGACUAUCUUUCACUCUGCCCUGGCCAGAGAAGGGGAUACCUGAUCGGCAUGUGAGCAGCAGUGACCGAGUGGGGAAACCGUACAGGGGCGUGAAGCCCGUCUUUAGCAUUGGUGAUGAGGAGGAAUAUGAUACGGAUGAGAUUGACAGCUCUUCAAUAUCAGAUGAUGACCGCAAAGAGAUCGUGAACAUACAGACGUGGAUUAACAAGCCAGAUGUGAAGAACCACUUCCCCUGUAAUGAGGUGAAGGAGACUGGACACAUGUUCCCCAGCCACCUGCUGAUCACAGCAACACACAUGUACUGCCUGAGGGAGAUCGCCUCACGUGCAGGAUUUGCCUACAUCCAGUCCAGGCAGGCUUUAAGCUCAGUGGUGAAGAUCACGUCGAAAAAGAAACAUCCGGAACUUAUCACGUUCAAGUUCGGUAGCAACAACUCUGCAGGAGUGGAAAUCAUGGCUGUGGAACGGUAUUUGAUCCCGAAUGCUGGUGAUGCCACUAAAGCCAUCAAGCAACAGAUCAUGAAGGUUCUGGAUGCUCUCGAGAGCUCAUAGAGUCUCCGUUGCUCUGAGACUGCCACGUAUAAAACGUCAGCACAAACGUGCAGAGGGAAAAGAAUAUUCUUUCAUUUUUAUUCAUCUGUUCUAUUUUCCUCGCUCUAUAUCUUUUCUGUCUCUCUCUUUCUCUCUUUCUCUCCACCUGGGACAGUACUGACAUUCAGUAUUGCUGCUCACAUCGAGAGACACUCAAGAUUUCCACACAAACCGUCGUUCUGUUUAGCCCUCGGCUUUUUCUUCUUGUUCCUGUCAAGAAAAUCUAACCCUUUAGUUGGACUUGUCGCCUCAGUUUGGAUGUCUGUCAAGCCUUAAUCCUGUCGCUAAUCCGCUGUUUUUAUGCGAGAGACUCGGAGGCAGAGCCUGCGGUGAGAUAAAGGACUCGAGCCUUGAAACGCUCAGUGUUUCAUUUGUCUUGUUUCAUUUAUGGUCAUUCUCAUUUAGUCACCGCAGUAGACUUUCGAUGAGUCCUGUGCAUAUGUAUCCGAGCAGUAUUUAUGCCUGCGAGUCAAGACCGCUCGACUGAUGCUGUAUUUAUAUUCGAAACCAUUGUGGAACGUAGUGGAGCACAAUGUGAUGCACAGCUGAUGGUUGUCGUCAUGCCACAUGUAACACGUGCACUUUUUUUUUUUUAAAGUCGUUCCCAUGUAUGCCACUCAAAUAACUGAGCUCGUUAUUAUAAUUAACUCAUAAAUGAGUCAUUCCUGAUGGUCUGUGCUUGCAGCCUUAAAGCAGAAGUGAAGGAUGCGAGGAAAGGUGUGCGGGGAAGUGAUAUUUGUAUAUACUGUAAAACUGUACCUAAUGGUUGGCUUUGGAAAAACGUAUUUAUGAACAGACCCUGAGAAAGCUGAUGCCACUAAUAAAAGCCUCGCUGAGGAUCAUGUUUUUUUAAUGAAAGUAUUUAACACAAGUCCUGGUUGAGUUGCGAAUAAACAACACAGCAAGCCAACAUGCUUCUUUUACUCCUAAUGAGCAGUCUGAGGGUUCAUGCGGUUCUGGUUAUGAAGUGAAGUCUAGGACACGAGAGUUCAUGUUGCUGGGAAAUUUAUUUGCUUUAGAAAUACUUUUCAGCUUGUACACAUUUUCUGUCGAAACUACAUUAUUGUGCUUUGAAAGAUCUUUUGGUUUUAAUAAAUUUACAAGUAGCCUCCAA